AUGGCCACCCGCAUCCAGCAGGCGUCUCGGAUGCUUGUGGUUGCCCUCGGCGUGGCUGCGGCUGCGGCUGCUGUGGCCUGGAAGCAACUCGGUCGUCACCCAUUGUCAUCGCCAUUGUCUUUAUCGUCUUCAUCUUCAUCGUCUUCAUCCUCAUCGUCGGCAUCGUCGGCAGCAUCAGCGCCAUACGCCGCAUUGUCUGCAUUGUCACGCGCCUCGAGUCGACGGGCGGUUAGAGCCAGUCCCGGUGCUGGUCUGGGCGCUCUGGUCAAGAUCGGAGGCGCCGUGCUGGCGCCCAAGACAAGCAAGGUCGAUGGCUCGGUGGCUGAGGAGGAGCUGGAUCCAGAGGCCAUGCAUGCCGCUGUGGCUGUCUUGGCAGAGGCCUGGCGUGUUCAUCGCGCCAAAGGCGGCCUCGUCGUCGUCCAUGGUGCCGGCUCGUACGGCCAUCCCGCGGCAAAGCGCGCCGGCUUGAGAUCCACCACCGCCCGUGAUGACCGCAACCGCACGGCUGCGCCGGGUGUGGCGGCAACCCGGGCUUCGGUCACGCUGCUCAAUGUGCUCCUUGUUCGCGCUCUGGUCGAUGCCGGCAUUCCGGCCGUCUCAGUCUCGCCCUUUGCGGCCCCGGACCAGACGGAUCUCAUUGCCGCCAUGCGCAGGUGCUUGGCAGCGGGCCUUGUUCCGGUAGUCCACGGCGACGUCAUCGACCUGGCCGCACCUGCUGUCCUCUCGGGCGACGUCGUCAUGGAGUGGAUCGCCGACGCUCUCGCCCCGCAGACCGUUGUCUUCUUCACUGACGUUGCCGGCGUUUACACCGCCGAUCCCAAGUACAAUGCCACUGCCACGCGCAUCCCCAUUGUUGACGCCACCACUUCCGACGCCGAGCUGGCCGCGCUCACCACCGCACCGCCCGACACCUCGCCCGACGUCACCGGCGGCCUGCUCACCAAGAUCAAGUCGGCGCUGGCCAUAGCCCGCACCCUGCCGGGCACACCCGUCGCCAUCACCGCCCUGCACGACAGACCGACAGCCCUGGCCGCUGUCGGUGUGGCCCCACUCGACGCUGCAACCUUUGCCGGCACCCUCAUCACAUGACGAAUUGGUUUAACCCUUUUACGGUACGGAAUGGACAAAGUUGUCCAUCGCGCAAGCCGCGCUCCGCGGCGCUCCACUGACGUCGCAACGUCCAUCAAUCGCGGUAAAGGGUAGAAC